CUUCCCUAGUUAUUUUUAUUUAAUUAAUUUUGAGCCUAGUGUCUCUCAAUCGAGCCUCUUAUAGUGCGCCUUGGGCGAUAGGAGCCAUUUGCUCCUUAAGUACACAUCUAGCAUUUACAACUAUGUAACUUUUACAUUAGUUUUUUGUUGGAUCGGUGGUGAUGGUUAAGGCUGUUGUUGCUGAUAAUAUGCUUACUUUGGAAAUUGAAGUGUCCUUUAAAAAUCAUGUGUAAAAUAACUAUUUUUUUUUCCUGAAUAGCUUGGUUUUGUGGAAGACUUCGGUGCUAGUUCUAUUCAGUAUUUCAUACAUAUAUGUGGUAGGAUUGUUUCACUUUAAGGUCGUGCAGUGUAAGAUAAAGGAAUACAUGCAUUAAGAGUAUGAUAUGGUGUCAACCUUCGCACAAGCCUAUUGGUGGCCUACUUCUUAUUGAUUUGAAUCAGCUGGACAAGAUACCGGGUUCUAUUCUCCCCCUCCGUUCCCCCUCUCGCUAAAAAGAUCAUAAAUUAUCGAGAAAAAAAAAUGGAGUCAAUCCUUGUCAGUCCGUGAGUACUUCCCAAUUGUGUGUUCUUGUUUACCAUAUUAUGAUUUUUGGCUGAAGGUUUAUAAGAACAGUAACCGGUUUGUGACAUCUGCCAGCUUGUCUUGUCACUUUCUUGGCAGAUCUAUAAGUUCUUCUCUCUAUAUCAUUCUUGGGGGAGAGUUUGACCAAGGUUUAGUGCAUGCCCUUCGUAGCUCUGUUUAUUGUUUCCAGUUUUUCCGUUCUUGUAUUUUUUACUGGAUCUGAAAAUGGAUGUUUGUAUGGCCAUUUAUUGUGAUAUGAACUGGAGACAAAAUUCUUAGGUACGCACAAGUGUGUAUGAUCUCUUUUCUGACAAGUUAAUUGAGAAAAUUGACAGCGAUGAAAUGAGAUUGUCUCUGAAGGGCUUUCAUCCGUUCAUGCCUCGAUAGAAAUGUAGAUGACUAUCUGUUCACCUUCAUGCAUAAGUGUGCAUCUUGUGCAGGAUGUGAAGUGAGAUUGUAAAACUAAUAGUUGGACAAGAAUUUUUGGCCAUUCAUCUUGGCUGUUUAUGUGUUUCAGCUGCAAAGAAAGUACACAACAUUCUUUUUCUAAAAGCAUUGAAAUUUUCACCAUAUGUCUUGAGUAUCGCAUAAGGUACUUCUUUUGAUGCAGUCUUAGGUGAGUUUAAGGAGUUCAGUCAACCUAAGCAUUUCCCACUAAUCAGAUUUCCAAUGGAAGGAGAAAUGGAGUGCUUGAUUUCAAGUAGCAUGGUUUCGGAUUCAAAUAGCAGCACCCAUCAGCAUCCUGCAAGCAAAGAAGGCAGGUAUGUUGGCAGUAGUUUAAAAUUCAAAGGUGUGGUACCACAGCAAAAUGGUCACUGGGGUGCACAAAUAUAUGCUAAUCACCAAAGAAUUUGGCUUGGAACUUUCAAAGCUGAAAAAGAAGCAGCUAUGGCUUAUGAUAGCGCAGCAAUCAAACUCCGCAGUGGAGAUUGUCACAGGAAUUUCCCAUGGACCAACAUCACUGUCGAGGAGCCAAAAUUUCAGUGUCUCUAUAGUUCUGAAGCAGUUCUUAACAUGAUAAGAGACGGUUCUUAUGCAUCCAAGUUUGCAGAUUAUAUAAGGACUCGUUCCCAAAGCGUGCAGGCCGGAGUUGGUCUUAAUCCGGCAACAGCGCCUGGCAAUGUAGGUGUAUUAUUCAAACAAAUGUUCCAAAAGGAACUCACUCCAAGUGAUGUUGGUAAGCUGAAUAGGCUAGUCAUCCCAAAGAAAUACGCUGUUAAGUUCUUCCCAAAUAUGUUUCAAGAUGCGGAAGAACUUAUGAUUGAUGGGAAGGCGGGUGGCGUUCAGCUAGUUUUCUAUGACAGGUCGAUGAGGCAAUGGAAAUUUAGGUAUUGUUACUGGAGCAGCAGUCAGAGUUUUGUGUUCACUAGUGGUUGGAGUCGAUUUGUGAAGGAAAAUCACCUAAAGGCUAACGACACAAUCACAUUUUAUAAUUGCAAGGCUGAAGAGGCAGGUGCAUUUUUCAUGAUUGAAGCUGACAAGGUUGAAAGUAACACUGUUACUGGAACUCUGAAGAUGUCCAACCAGUGUGUGGAGACUCAAGCUGAAUUGCAGCUCGGCGGAGUUGCAGAUAAAGAAUGUGGGAGGGUGGUCGAAGAAGACGAGGAACCAAUGCAAGCUGAGCCAACAUGUGAUGGUGAGAGAAAGUGUUUAAAACUUUUUGGAGUACAUAUCAUGAUCUGAAGGCGAAGUAGGUGUUUUGACACUGUUGACAUCUUUAAAAGGGUUGUCCAAAGGUUUGGCCAAAGUAUUAAUAUGGCCAAACCAUAUUGUUUCGUAAUUAGUUUCUUUUUUUUAAAAAAAAAUUAUAAUCUUGGUUGCCAAAAGUUUGGCCAAAGUAUUUAUAUGGUCAGAACUUAUUGGAAGCUUUUGAUAACAUUGUUGGGAGUAACAUUUGUUUCUUUUUCUUUGAUUUCAUUUUCUUCUUAUCG